UAUGAAACAGUCUGCGCUUUUAUCAGUCUUUACAUUUCUAAGUUUAAAUAACUUACAAGUUCAUGUAUUCCAUAAAGAUGAGAAUAAUAAAUCUGAUUGUUGUUACUGUGCUGUGCGUCUUGUCAUCGACAAAGGGGGAUGAUGGUCUAGAAAUGUGCCCCGUGUCAAAAGAGAAACAGCUUAUAGGGCAAAUGGUUAGAACAGAGAUAAAGGUAGAGUCGAUGUUACAGGAGACCAGGAAAACCGAGGAGCACGUAUUGUCGGUGCUAGAGUAUCGUAAGAAAGAUUCGCAGAAAUCUUUGGACGCGCUCAAAGAAACUCAGGAUACUCAAGCAGAUCAACUUCGUAAUGUUACUGAAAAUAAUGCUGACUUGGAAAGAAGGGUCUCGGUCGUAGAAGAUACAGUUGCACCAGUGGCAGUGGUAGCGUUUGUAGCGAGACAUUUGAAGAACGUAGCGAUAGACAACGGUGAAACAUUGGUCUUUUCCACGAUCGUUUUCAACAGUGGUGCUGGCUAUGAUAACAGUACCGGGAUAUUUACGGUUCCAGUAAGCGGUCUGUACCAAUUCAACGUGCGACUGUGUAUUUUUGUGAACACAUUUGCUCAUAUUGAGAUUGUUUCUGAAGAUGUUAUCAUCACCAGGACGCGUAUGGUUGACGAGGGGACCCGGUUUCAUUCAUGCAGUGAGCUUACUGGGUUUGCUGUUUUAAGUGUUGGGAAACGAGUAAGGGUAACAAGUUCGCUUUCAAGUGAUGUAAAAACAAACUUCUGGUUUAGUCCUGGUAUAGUAUGGAACACAUUCUCCGGGGUGUUGAUUAACAGAGACAACUAACAAUCGUGUUAGAACACUGCAGUACUGGAUUUGUUGUUUGUUUGACAUCAGUAUCUUGCAUUGACUAGUUGUUGUUGUUUCAUUCAGAAAUGUUAAAGGUAUAACCUAAACAAAAACAAUUAAACUAAGCAAAAAAGACGCAAGUGCAUAAUUAUAGAAUGCACUUUGUCCAAAAUUCACCAAAAUUAAUUGGGAUUAUAUUAGUAUUCUUUCUCGUGUGAUAUUGAAGUUAUCCCGCGCUGUGAGUUGCAAAAUACAUGGCCUAAUUUUUAAAAGCUUAACAACAUGACUCUUAUACAGCUAAAAUUUUUAUGAAAGACACUCAAUUGACAUUUCAUAAGUUGUUUCGAAAAUAGAAAUAUAGCUGUCAAGAUAAAAGAUUAUUAAGAUUAUCAUCCAAGGUAGUAAUUUUAGUGCAAACUUUUAACACCUUUCAAUGUAUAAAUCUAUAUCUGAUGAAAUAUUUUAUAAAAAUUUCACAAUAGUAAAAUUCAUGUAUUUUAUGUUUUAUGUUCGUUCCAGAAUG